AUGCAAAAUCCCACAGCAAUAAUGAUGAAAGUACCGCCAAAUCCACCACCAAAACCAAGGAUGAAUCAGUUGCAGUACCGACACGGUCUUUCAAGAAGCAUUGCUGGUGGUGGCCAAUUACCUCCGCAGCCAGGAGAUAGUGAUACGGAUUCAGGUAUAUGCGCCGACUCGGACAAUCAAUUAUCACCACGGCAUAUCGAUUCAGGGUUUUUUGAUAAUAAAUCAAAAAAGCUACAACGUAAAUUUGAUAUGCCCGUGUAUCGCGAGUAUUUAACACCAAAAACUGCGUGGGGAGUGCACACAAAUUUAUCUGCACUCCCGUACCAAAAAUGUUUACCGGAAAGACUGCAAACGAACCGCAAUAGCCAAACAUCAAGGAACGGAAAACAACACCGAGUUCGAUUUGCAGAUCAGGUGUUAUCAAUGGAUGGUAGUUCCUUGUCCUCUUCAUCCGGCUUCGAUAAUAUCAACCUGGUAUCUGUUAAUAGUUGCGCUAAUUAUUCCGGCUGUUCUCUUCAUUAUCCGAGCAUGGAGACAGCGACACUGACAUCACCAGUGUCUUCGAAUAAUCCUGAUCUGGUACUACCCGCAGUCGUUAGCAGGAGCAACAGUGGUACCAUCAAUAAGCUUUCAGGCCAACAUCAUGCCAUCGACUACCAAUUCAACUUCGGUUACAGUAGCCACUUGCAGUCGAGUCAUGACGAGGACGAUCGAACUUUGCCGGGCUAUUCUGCGCCCAUGACAAGACUUAUACGUAAUGAUGACCAGUGCAUCACUCAUCCAAACGAACCAUCUUAUCGAAUAAUGCGACGUUUCCGUAAUCGUUCGGCAUCAUUACCGCGUGGUAUGCAUUGUGAAUCGUCGGCUCUAGAGAUGCGCCGUGGAUCCAUUGACUGGUGUUAUCCACCCCAAAGCUACUCAUCAUAUAAGCCAAAAGAUGAAGCUACCAUUAAUAAUUCUUACCUGAUGCGUAGCGUUGAUAAUCUUAGUGUUAUGGAGGGAGGUCAUGAUUCGGUUACGGAUGGCACGCGCUUGAGCAGCGGAUGUCGCCUUCCGGAUUUGUCGCUCGAUUGCACUGUGUAUGAUGGAGCUACUCAGCAGCAGCCUAUCUUUGAUAGACAAAGGAGGGUACGAAGAGUUAGCGGUCGUUCACAGAGUGUUGGUCGGGCGUAUUGCGCAUUCGAUUCUAAAAUGGCCAACAGCUAUAUGAAUAGCUGCGUUCCUUUAUUUCAUCGGUCACAUUUACCGACUGUUCGAGCCCAGUUAAUUGCUCUCGAUCACAGAGGCUUGCGAAUUGUCCUAAUUGAAAAGCUUCAGCCAGGUCCAUUCGGUUUUUAUAUCGCUACUGGAAUAUUUAACCAAAAACAUGGAAUCUUCGUUUCCCGAGUAUCAUUACCUUCAUUGACAUCGGUACUAUCGGUGGGUGAUGAGAUUAUCUAUGUGGAAGACGAACUGGUUAAAGGUGAAGAUCUAGAAUAUGUUCAGGCGUUAAUUGCUGGCAAGAGUAGUGUGAAGAUAGUUCUUUUACCGAUAGUCGGACCAGGUGCUUGUUGA